GAUACAAAUGGUGAAAUAAUUGAGGACAGUGAGACAAAACCGAGGGUAACAUGGAGCAGCACACUCGAGUUUGUGGUUUCACUUAUAGGCUACUCUACAGGGAUGUCGGAUUUCUGGAGAUUUCCAUAUCUUGUAUGGAGAAAUGGAGGAGGAGCAUUUUUACUUGCAUAUGCCACAAUGUUUAUUGCUUGUGGCAUACCCCUAUACUUUCUUGAAGUGUUCUUGGGACAAUUUUCUGGAAAAGGAUUAUUUGAAAUUUGGGAAUUUUCUCCCAUUUUCAAAGGUAUAGGUAUUUCCAUCGCCCUACUAAACUUAGGUUACACCAGCUACGUAUCUACAAUGCGUUACUGGCUACUAGAGUAUCUAAGACAGUCAUUCACGACCGACUUACCAUGGACAACGUGUGGGAACACAUGGAACACCAAUUCAUGUGUAGUGUCCCGUACACUUUUGUCUUCACAUUUCAACGACGAUCUAUUGAAUACAACAGCGAAUACUACCAGUCACCCAGAACACAUCAAAGAUGUUUCAGCAGAAGAAGAAUUUUGGCAGAACAACAUUUUAUUGCUUUCUGGAAGUAUAGACGAGGUUGGAUCUGUACGCUGGUUCCUUGUGAUGUGGGCAAUUAUUAUGAAAAUCAUUGUUGUUUUAAGUCUUUUGAAGAGUGUGAAAACUAUUGGAAAGUUGAUGCUGUUUACUACAGCCCUCCCUCCUCUACUCGGUUUGGCGAUGCUGAUCCAAGCAUUCACUCAAAAUGGUGCCGCUGAUGGCUUACUCUUCUUGAUUACGCCAGAUUUUACAAAACUAAUCAAUUCAAAGGUAUGGAUAGAGGCAACAUUCAUGGCCUUUUACAGUCUUGGUCCAGGUUGGGGCGGAAUUAUGAUGAUGGGAAGUCAUACCAAAUAUCACACCAACUGUUUGAGAAAUGUGGUGAUAGGCAUAAUUGGGGAUGUUUUUAUAGCGUUGUUCAGCAGUGUUGUCCUCUUCUCUAUCAUUGGUGUGAUGGCGAACGAGAUUGGGGUACCGGUGCAGGAUGUUGUUAAGUCCGGUAUGUCUAUCGGCCUGGUGGGCUACAGCCGAGCUUUAACUUACCUUCCCGCCCCUUAUGUCUGGGCUGUGAUAUUUUUCUUCGCUGUCACAAUUGUAGGACUUGACGCCCAGGUCGUUUGUACAGAGACAGUGGUAUCAUUUCUGGAAGGAUUUAGUAAUAGACUGGGUCGUCAUCGUCACCUAUACCUGGUGUUACUGGUCAACGCCAUUAUGCUUCUCAUCAACCUCCCAUUUUGUACACAGGCGGGGCCUUACAUGUUCCAGUUAGUAGACUGGUACUUGCCAACAUGGUCAGUUGUAGUAAUUGCACUUCUGGAGGUUAUUGCCAUUAUGUGGUGUUAUGGAGGCCAUCGAGUUGACCACGGCCUACAAGAUAUGAUUGGACGAAAAAUGCCGCACGUGUUCCGCGUGGCAGCAGCUUAUAUAUCGCCGGUAUUGUGUCUGCUCCUCCUCUUGACUAGCUUUGUCACGUACAGACCUCCAAAGUAUGGUUCUUACGAAUAUCCAGAGUACACUCGCGUCAUUGGCUGGGUGAUCUCGUGCUCUGUUGUCAUUCCCAUACCUCUUCACAUCAUUUGGCAAUUAACUAAACUGAAGGGAACCCUCAAACAGCGAUGGACAACUCUAACACAGCCAAGCAGUACAUGGGGCCCAAGUGACAGCGCUCAGCGAAGUCAGUUAAUGGAAUGGUUACAUACUAAACGAUCAUUUACAGACAUCGCGUACUACAAUUUGACUGGUAGAUUAAGAUAUCCUACCAAAAGGCACUAUGAAACUGUUGCGCUCUGUUAA